AUGGAGCAUCAGAUGAAGUUGUGCACUCGGAGCAAGAACAAAUGUUUAACCACAAAAUUCAUCAGCAUCUUCUUUUUCACCUUGUUUCUUUUUGUCAUCCUUUUCCAUAUCCAGUAUUCAUAUCCUUUUGAUUUCUCCUUAUCAGCAAGGUCUCAAAGAUGUGCUUUUCGUUCCCAAGAGAAUUACUCUGAUGUCAAGGAAACCAUGACGGCGAAGCUCAAAGACGCUAUCACUUUCCUCCCCCUUCAGGACCUUAGAUUUAGAGAAACAGCCACAACUGGCCACACAUGGUUUAUGAGCUCUUUGAACGAUACACACGAGGAAAAUGAAGCAGAACACUUGUAUUUCCCUUCUAAGGCAUCCAAAGGACGGCUUCUUUGCUUUAAGGGAUGGGAUACUAAGGAUGGCACAAAGAAUUCAUAUGCUUUGGCAUGGCGAGAAAGUCUUCCCGACUCUGCUAUUCUAUUGGAAGGCUUAACAUUCAUAUCCUACACAUAUUACGACCACCAUAAUCUAUGGCAUGGAUUAUCUGCAGUGGCUCCUUUUGUAAGAUGGUCAAUGAAAAAUAAGUGUUUGAAGCCAGCAAGAUGGGCCCUAUUCCACUGGGGAGAACUGAGAUUAAGAAUGGGGUCAUGGGUUCAACAACUUAUGCAAGCAAAUUUUGGUAAAGUUAAGGUGGAAGUAUUUGAUAGAGAUGUACCUUACUGUUUUGAGAAAGCCAUUGUCAUGAGGCAUGAGACAAGUCAAAUGGGGCAGGAGAAUUAG